AGACUGUUGGUUUCUGCUUCAAAGUGAAUAUGUCAGAGAGCUGCUCUGUAAUCCUUAUCUAUACUUACCUAACAGCUCAUAAACAUUCAUUAUAGCUUAAUUCACAUCAGUUUGAUAGGAAUUUAGCUUUAAGAGGCUGUCCAGUUUUAUGUUAUUGAUGAACCUAUUGCAAUUCCCAGCACCUCCACUGAUCAGUUAUUUGAAGGGACCUCAGCACUUGUGUGAGUGCUGCAUCCUUGUCACCGCAUGUCGAUUGUAGGGACACUGCAGUAUGAAUUACAGCUGUUCAUCCUGUUCCCUUGAAUAGGAGAGGUAGCAUCAAUUACACUGCCGCUACAAGCUAGAUGGCCUGCUGAAAAACACUGAAGAGGAUUCAACGCUCACAGGAAUGGUGCAAGCCCUUCAAACAUCUGAUGGGUGGGCAUGCCGGGAAUCAGGCAUUGGUCAUCACUAUCCCGUGGAUAGGUAAUCAAUAUAAUGAAAUUGGAAUAUCCCUUUAAAUGAGUUUAUAAGCUGUCAGGAGUUCAGAGAUAAGGGGUAUAGAUAGAAUUGUCUGAUCACCUCCCUGACAGAUCCACAGUGAAGCAGAAAGCAGCAGUCUGCAGAUGUAUUGAAAAUGAAAGUGUAGAGAAAAACGGUUUAUUUUAAAAAAAUUAAAAACUAUUGAAAAAAACAACGAAUAUUAGCCCAACAUCAGUAGAAUGCAGUGAAAAUAAUUACCCCCCAACGAUGUCCAUAGCCUCUAAAGGUGUUGUCCAGGAUUGCCCUUUUUCCUUAAAUACUACUUCCUCCUCGCCGGAGCUUUGAAGGGAAGCAUCCUUACCUGCUGCCCGAUGCCAGGUUCUGGCUCCUUUGGUCCGUUCCCGGUUGUCUUCACUGUACUUUGGUCAUUACGGAGGAAUGUAAUGAGAAAACAGAAACACUGGGAAAAAAUAAUUGCAGCGAAAAAAAGUAAGAGAAGACAGGAAAAAGAGAGAAGAAAAGCCAGGCAGUGUGAGGAUGCCAAUGCAGGUACUGACUGCCAUCAGCACAGCAAAAAGUUUCUAAAAGCUUUAACCAAAGAACGUCUCUUAGGAGCAAAAGAUGCUGGCCCUAGGCUUUGCAUUGACUUGAGUAUGACCGACCACAUGAGCAAGAAGGAGAUGUGCCGCCUUGCUGCUCAAAUCAGAAGACUUUAUGGUUCCAACAAGAAAGCUGCAAAACCAUUUUGGCUGUACCUGACAGAUCAGCAUUUAAAGGGCUUGUCCCAAGAUUUAAGUGUAUCCGCUAUCCAGAGUACAGUGAUCCCUCAAGAUACAAUGGCCUCAGAAUACAAUAUUUUCAACAUACAAUGGCCUUUUCUGACCAUCGUAAGUUUAAACCAGACUCAACAUACAAUGUCUCAGACUGAGAUCCAACCAAUCAAGACCACUUUUCUGGUUGAAACUACAGAAGCCAGCUUUCUUGAUCUGUUUGCACUGGAGACAAUAGUUUAUCUCACUCCAGACUCUGACCAUGUCCUGGAAGACAUUGAUCCUACAAAAGUGUAUAUUCUUGGAGGACUUGUGGAUGAAAGUGUCCAGAAGAAAGUAACAUAUCAAAAAGCUAAACACAAUGGCCUGCAAACUGCUCGACUGCCAAUACAGGAAUACAUGGUUAAGAAGGUUAAUGUGAAGAACUUCCACUCCGAGAUACUGGCUAUCAAUCAAGUGUUCGAUAUUUUACGCACCUACAGUGAAACACAGAGCUGGCCGGAAGCGCUGAAAGCUGGAGUGUCACCAGGAAAAGGCUUUGUUCUCCCAGGAGAAAUCAUACCGGAAAAGGAAUCCUCUUUUACUUAGUUUUACAUCUACUUACAACUAAAUUAUUGUGAAGAAAAAAAAAUUAACAGGAAAAAAGGAUUUUCAAAAA